AUCUCCGCCAUUCAUUCGUGCUCUUCCCCCGAGUUCAUCAUCCAAGGUCGAUCGCCGUGGCUGCUCGCCCGGAAAUGCCUGUCCCCUCUGUCUAUUUCAUCUGAGGUGUAUGUGAUUUCAGGAACAAUGAGCGGGAGGAUCCUCUCCCAUCGUCUUGUUCCGCUAUUGCGGACCGGUCUUUUGGCCCGCCAUGUUCAUAAUGCUGCUGCGAGAACCGGGGGGCUUCUUCGCUCCGAUGGCAGCGCUGCUCUUCGAGGACGGGGCUGGCCGAUAGGUGCGAAUGCGAUACAUAACAAUGUGCCUGCUGUGCGGGCGAUCUCUUUUACGCGGAUACUCCCUAAACUGGCGCUCAAGCUGGUGAAGCUCCCUGCUAUGUUUGGGGGUGCUAUGGUAGCAGGUCUAGCUUAUUUCCAAUAUCAAGCUACACAGGCGGGAAAUUAUGCUAUUGAUGUCUUCAAACGUGCGGGGGAAACGGCGAGCGAUGCAGCUUCGAGCUUGUUCCAAGAGAUCCAGGACAUUGCCGGUCAGACACAGCGCGGCUGGGAGAAAACGAAGGAGUCUGUGGAACUUCCAGAAUGGUUGCAGAAUAUUCUACGUCCAAACGAGGACUCGCGGUCUGAGAACGGUGGCCCUGGAGGUGGCAAACCCCCUAAGGAGAGCCGUCUCGGUGCUGCGGCUGCUGGUGCUGCUACUGUCGGAGCUUUCGGUUACGAGGCGUCUGAUGAGGAGGAUACUCGCUCGGAAAGGAAGAUCGCGGAGGAUGAUCAGAUGAUGCUUCUCACACGUAAAAUGAUUGAGAUCAGAAACAUACUGCAGAGCGUGGGCCAGUCGAAUACCCUGACACUUCCGUCGAUUGUCGUCAUCGGUUCCCAGUCCUCUGGUAAAAGCUCGGUUCUCGAGGCUAUUGUUGGACACGAAUUCCUUCCCAAGGGUUCGAAUAUGGUUACCCGGCGGCCGAUCGAGCUUACCCUUGUCAACACCCCCAAUGCACAAGCUGAAUAUGGAGAGUUUCCGGCUCUUGGGCUGGGAAAGAUCACCGACUUUUCCCAGAUCCAGCGGACUUUGACGGAUUUGAACCUGGCCGUUCCAGAAAGGGACUGUGUAUCUGAUGAUCCGAUCCAGCUCUCUAUCUACUCGCCUAAUGUUCCGGAUCUCUCCCUCAUCGACCUUCCUGGCUACAUCCAAGUCGCUGGACAUGAUCAACCCCCGGAGUUGAAGCAGAAGAUCUCCGACCUCUGCGACAAGUACAUUCAAGCGCCAAAUGUCAUUCUGGCCAUCUCCGCGGCAGACGUGGACUUGGCUAACUCCACUGCCCUCAGAGCCAGCCGCAGGGUCGACCCUCGAGGUGAGAGGACGAUCGGAGUCAUCACAAAGAUGGAUCUUGUUGAUCCGGAGCGGGGCAAUGACAUCCUGUCCGACAAGAAGUACCCUCUUCGUCUGGGCUACGUUGGUGUUGUUAGCCGAGUUCCUCAAACGACCGCACUAUUUUCCAGGGGCACUGGCAGCAAUGUGACCGGUGCCAUUCUGAAGAAUGAGCACGCCUACUUUUCUGCCCACCCAUCGGAGUUCGGGUCGCAAUCCGGCGUUUCUGUGGGUGUCUCAACUCUGCGUACAAAACUCAUGCAUGUCCUCGAGCAGACGAUGGCGUCAAGCCUAGCAGGUACUAGGGAUGCCAUCAGUCAAGAACUCGAGGAGGCUACGUAUGAGUUCAAGGUCCAAUACAACGACCGUCCUCUCAGCGCAGAAUCAUAUCUCGCGGAGAGCCUGGACAGCUUCAAGCACUCUUUCAAGGCAUUUGCCGAGAGCUUUGGCCGUCCUCAGGUGCGCGAAAUGCUGAAGAACGAGCUCGAUCAACGGGUAAUGGACAUCCUGGCACAAAGAUAUUGGAAUAAGCCGAUCGAUGACCUGUCUGCUCCGCUACCGGAAUUGGAUCCGCUCAGUGACCUUUCCAAAGCUGAUCCCGAGUCACUCUACUGGCAUCGCAAGCUAGAUGCUUCGACAUCCUCCCUGACUAAGUUGGGAAUUGGUCGACUUGCCACCACCGUCGUCGCAAACGCGAUCCAAGCCCAUGUGGAUCGUUUAAUAACCAACUCCACCUUCGCCACACAUCCGUACGCCCAAAAGCAGAUCGUUGAUGCGUGCAACAGCAUCUUGAACGACCGAUUCUUCAGCACUAGCGACCAGGUUGAAAACUGCAUCAAGCCAUUCAAAUUCGAGAUCGAAGUCGAGGACCCCGAAUGGACCAAGGGACGUGAGAAUGUCAGCAAGACCCUCAAGGAUGAACUCAGAGCCUGCGAGGCAGCCUUCAAGCGCCUCGAAGACUCGGUCGGACGACGGAAGCUCAAGGACGUCAUGUCGUUUGUUGACAAGGUUCGAAAGGGCGAGGUCUUCCUGGAAGGCGACGGCGCCGGCGGUGCUGGCGGAUUCAGCUCCUCCCUGAUAGCCCGAGGCCGCGAGAGCGUCUUCCUCCGUGACCGCGCCGAUCUCAUCAAAAUGCGCCUCCUCGCCGUACGCUCCAAACAAUGCUCCUCCAAGAAAAACAAAUACUACUGCCCAGAGGUCUUUCUCGACGUCGUCGCCGACAAACUCACCUCCACCGCCGUCCUCUUCCUCAACGUCGAGCUCCUCUCCGAAUUCUACUACAACUUCCCCCGCGAACUCGACAUGCGUCUCGGCCGCCAUCUCUCCGACGCCGAAGUCGAGCGUUUCGCCCGCGAAGACCCGCGCAUUCGGAACCACCUCGACGUCAUCAAGAAGAAGGAACUCCUCGAACUCGCCCUCCAAAAGAUCGAAAGUAUCCGUCAACUCGACGGACGCGGAAAGAACAGGGAUCCGGACCGUCCAGUGGGUAGUAGGGAACAGAGAAAUCGUGGUUGGAAUUUAUUCUAAUCACCCAUCCAAUCAAAACUUCCUGCCUACUACCAACUUCCGCUACCAGGGCUACUUAAUGAAAUAGAUUUGCCCUUCUCUUUCUUUCCUUCUCCUUCUCCUCAUCACCUCCAUGUCCCUUCCUUCCUUGUAUUUGGCGAAAUCAUUCGUGUUUCUUUCCUUCUUCCCUUCCCUUCCUCCUCUCCCUCUCCAUGUGUGUAUCCAACCUCACCUCUACUCUGCUCUAUACCUCCCCCCACACCCCCUACUCCCUCCUCAGCGUAUACCCUACCCUACCCUUCUCUCCCACACUCUUUAUAUCUCAUUUCCUCCCCUCUUGUAUACCAACGUCACACGGGACCGGAUCUUGUUCAUAGCUGAAGCGUAACUUGACUCUAGGACUGGAUAGGAUAGGAUAGGAUAGGAUAGGAUAGGAUAGGCGUUGGCACCAAGUGCUCCUCUCAUUCAUUAUAAUAGAUUUCUUCUCUUCGA